AUCCAAAAAUAAAAUGGUAUCAGACAGAGGAUCGUUUGAUACUUAAUGUGAAGAUCAUGGACCCUCAAGAGAAAAACUGCGAGUUCUUCAGAAACCGAGUGAUAUUCAGGGCUGUUUGUGGAGAUAAAGUUUACCUGGCUGAUUUGGAGUUGCAUGAUGAAAUUUUGAAAGAGAAAUCAACAUGCAUCAUAAAAAGCAGUGAAACAGUCAUUACUCUUGUUAAACAAACUGAAACUAUUUGGAAACAGCUGCUACGUUCCAAGAAUGCAUUUGUUACAGUAGAUUUUGAUCACAUUGAAGAUAUUGAGGAGCUAAGUGGUAUUAAAGGUACUGCUGUGCAAGACAUCUUUACAUCCACAUUUUUAAAUGAAGAACAUUUGUAUCCAAACUUUUGUUGAUAAGUUUGAAGACUGAUGACUGCCAGAAAAGUUUGGUUGAAAUCACAUCUUGUCUAAUUAUUUGGAUCUUUUCAUUAUUUAGUAUAUUUUGAAAUAAAAUUGUGUUGCUUAUAAUUGCACUUGGCCAUCACAUAUCUGUUGAACAUUGGAGAUUUAAUGUUUUUUUGCACCUGUAAACCUAAUUCAUACAAUGUUACUGUCUGUGAUUGAACUCAGUUUUCUCAUGAUAAUGUGACAGUUCAAGAGUUCCAGUAGAAUCAGUAAAUGCAAGAAUCAAACAACAAGUGGGCUCUGAUGUCAUCUGUUACAUUAACCUGCAUCAAGUUAAAGAAAAGUUCUGAGACCCCAGCACACCCCAUCAGUGCUUGACAAACCCCCAACUGCG